CUAAAAGGCGCGAACCUCGCCUUCAACAAGACGAAACCGAAGCCCAUUCCGCCCCCGAAACCUACGCCAAAUGCCGGCAACAUCACCCGUCGCCGCGGUGCGAGCCUCAUCGCCGCCUCUGCCGCGUCAAACUACGACCGAAGUACGAGCACAAGCCCAGUACAACGCCAACACACGGGCGCGAGCCUGGCAACGACCCCAGGCGACAGCCGCUUCGGCCGCGAUGGCACAUCUAACAUGCGAGACCGUCUGUCCAACUUCCUCGCCUCUAGCCCAGCAGCCUCGUCGACGGCAUCCCACCUCACACCGCACACGACGCGGCUUGACCCGAAAAGCCCGAGUUACAUCGCCGCCACGCUGGCCGCCUCACGAAGCGCCUCGCCUAGUCCGCAGCCGCACGCGAGUCCCGCCGCAUCCGCCCUGACGCCCGCGCAAAUAAACCAGCUCCAGCAGAUGCAGCUCGCGAGGAAGAACAGGCGAGGCAGCGUCGGGGAGACGGAGAGCGUGGUGAGCAGCCUCGAUUUACCAGACGAGACGUCCAUCCCCGCAACGGGUCAUCUGAUAAGCAUGUUUGAGCGAGGAGAAGGGGAGGAUGUUGAUCCUGUAAAGAGGAGCGGUGGGGAUGUUGCUGCUAGGCCCAAGGUUCGGCCGUUGACGCCUGAGAGGGAGUUGAGUCCUGCCCGUGCCAAGGCGGCGAGGAUGGGUAUCGUUGAUGAGGAGGGCGGCGAAGGAGAGCGGAGGCCUGCGGUGUCGAAGACAAAACCUAGGGUCAAGCCAAGGCCUGUCACGCCGAAUAUGGUUGUUAGAAAGGAGGAGUCCAAGGGAGAUAUCACGCCGCAGGCGGGAAAGCCUACGCUCAAGUCAUCGCCUGCGAAACCUGUCCUGUCACCGGCUAAGGCUGUGCACAGGCAGACUGUCACAGAGCAGUCUCCGCAUGCUAGGGGGCGUCAAACGAUAAUCAACAUGUCAUCGAAAGCUUCAGAGGCGCCGGAAGUACGGUCGAGGUCGCAGCUCACGAGAGUGCCCAUCACACAGACGCUCAUGCCGGAGCCGAAGGUCGCGCAGCCCCCGACGACGCCGGAACCAAGGAGGUCGCGGGCCAAGGCCAAACCGGUGGAACCUGUCUCGCCUCCUUUGGUUGAACGACCAGGUGAUGAGAUCGCUACUCCCGAGCUGAAGAGACCGGCAUCAAAGGCCAGGGUACAGCCGCCUACGCCACCUCAGCCACGGGGUACGAAAUCAAUAGAACGGGAACCUCCCCCACUGACGAAGCCUCGCAGUAUGGCAUCAGUCUAUGGUCAUGCCCAUUUCCAGGAGCCGUUUCGUCGUUCAGAAUCUGGACCAAGACCUUCAACUGCCGACACAAGCUCUUCUAAUGAUACGUUUGUUUCGGCAGAGUCAAACCAGACCGCCGUUCCCGAAUACGCCCCAUCUCGCCCGACACCUCGGCAAACGAACUCUACGCACAGCACUCCGGGCCGCUCACCAGCAAAUAGCUCACCAAGCCGAACAACCCCGCGACGCACACCCGCCUCGUCGACUACGAGUCUACCGCUGAACUCUCUCUCCAACGCGAUCAUGGCCGGAUCCCUCGCCGCCGCCCGCCUGACACCAUCAAACACGGGCAACUCUACGCUGUCCCCACCCCAACUGCCCAACCACACGAAGUCACCGCGCAUGCGACAGACGCUCCGCCAGCCACCCCAUCGGGGGAUGCUGGGCAAGGCUGAGUUUGUGGUUGGCCUAUGGUUGAUUGAUCAGAGGUUGAGGGGGCGCAAGAUCCCCGCGAGGGUGAGUGCCAGUGUGUGGGAUAGCGCGCAGGGUGUGAAGGUGCUUUCGCCCAAGGUGAAGAAGUAA